AUCAAGGCCAACCCUCAGGCUGCAUCAAUGUAUUUGAAAGUAGUUUUCAAUGCUGAAAUUGAAAAGGAGAAGAAGGGUGAUCCUAACAUUACCAAGUGGUUUUUGAUCCCAUACCAUCAAGAAAAUCAUUGGAUUUUGUACGUGUUAGACCUACGUAGAGGUUGUGCGUAUAUUUUCGACUCUGCGAUAGGUUCCAACCGAGAAAAUAGUGCAUGGGGAAUCUUGUGUUUGGCAUACCAAGUGUACAAGUUUAAUGAUGGGAUUUGUCCGAAUAGAGCGACUAUGCAGGGGUUGAAAGGCUUCCAUGUAAAGUGUGCUCAACAAGUCGGCGCCCGCGAGUGUGGCUAUUACGUUAUGAAGUUCAUGCAUGAAAUAGUCACGUUACACCAUAACACUGAUGAGCGGUUAGAUAAUGCUUACACUCCAAGAAAUGCGCCUUAUACCGAUGAGGAAAUAGAUGUGGUUCGUGAGCAAUGGGCUAAGUUUUUUACAACCGAGUAUUUAUUUACUUAGGUUGUUUAGACACAAAGAUGGAAGCGUUUAUAUCUUCAAGG